GUCACACAGCGUGGUUAUGGUGUACCAUGAGCAAAGCCAGGCUGGAAGACACCGACGUCCACUGGUAUCGGAAACUACCUGGGCAGGACAUGGAGUGGGUUUUAACACACAGGGCAGGAGGCAGCCCAGAGUGGGGAUGGGGUAUCACUGAGAGGUUCCAGUCCUACAGAGACACGUCCAACAGCAGCUUCACCCUGACGGUCACAGACGUGGUGCACAGUGAUUCUGCCGUCUAUUACUGCAGAGUGUGGGGAGACAUCGAUGGGAACGGCACCCAGCUCAUCAUAACCAAAGCAGCUGAAGGUGGGUCUUGGAAAGUCUUGGCCAGUAUUCUCACCAGUAUCCUCGUACUCGUCCUCUUAUUCUGCAUUUUAGUUACAGCAAGAUGCUAUGUGAAAAAAUUGGCAUCUUUUCAACAGAGAUUGAUGCCAGAAGGGUGCUCUACUGAAGAUCAGAACACAGUGUAUGCCAAUGUUACAGCUGAAACUGAGGUAGAUACACAGGCAGCCACAAAUGUUACUGUGUCAGAGCAACCAGAGAUGUUUUAUGCUGAUAUUCAGUUCCACUGGCAGAAGACAGCUCCAAAAAUUGAAGUCACCGAGGAAACAACCGAAUAUGCCGUGGUCAAACGCGUCCAGUGACUAAAAAUAAUUCUUCAGCAGCAGCCAGUUAUUAAAUAUGUGUGUGCUUCUUUCUGGUAAAAAUCAGCACAUGGGACUCCGGAAUGUCACACCUCUCUCAUUCCACCAACUACAACGUGAUCCCACAAUCACCACGUCCUCCCCUCCCCACCCCUUUCUGCUUUCCACAGGGUCUACAACUUCCUGGUCUGUCCAUCUCUCCUCACCCAUUUCUUCCCAUUUCCAGGGACUUUCCCCUGCAGCUGCAGGAGAUUAAACCCUCUCACAAAUUCACAGUCAAACAGCAAGGAUAAAGGCCGUUUUAAAUAUCAUUAAUGUACCUGCCUCACCCACUUGCUCUGGCAGUUCAUUUCAUAUACUGGCCACUCUUUGGAUAGGAGCAUUUGAUAGGGAGUGUGAGCAUAUCCCCACUAUACCACUUCCCCCUCCCCACCACCCACCUGGCUACGACAACCUUAAAGGAACCCAGGAAAAUAGAUAUCAUUUGCUAACUUUAUAGAUCAUUUUGUUAAUUAAAUACAGACAACCCCCAUGUUACGGGAGAUGGUGGAGGGGUGUGGGGAGUUAGCAUUCAUUGAAGACCGAACACAUUGCAAUUUCCUGUAACGUGAAACCUUGUUGACAGCCGAUCCUAUAAGAAAGUGGGUGAGGCUUCAGCUCAAUUACUGCUGUAAUGUUCGGGCAGGUGGGGCUCGCCAGCCUUGGACAGCAACCUGCCUGGGCCAAGGAAAACUCUGAUUUUAAAUCUCCGCUGCCUUGCGGCCAUACCCACCCAUGGGAAAGGUUUUGGGAGUAAACCUUGAGGAAGAAAUCCGGAACUCGGUUACCUAAGCCAGUCUGAUGUUGUUUACAAAUUUACGACACUGGUGCCAAGCUGUAUUGGCGCUUGCCCUUCCCUUGGACUACGUCAGUGACGUGGACGGGGGAGCCCGCUGCAUGGGCGACAGCCGGUUCUUCAAAUCUUCGCGCCCAGGAUUGCGUCCUGGAGAGGUCACGAUCCACCAGAGGCACAAUCCCCUGGGAACGACGCUGCCUACUAAUGAGGCAUGUA